UGACUAGUGGAUUCAAGCUUAAGGCCUCAGUAUCUCUGUACAUCUCACCUGGACGUCCACCAGACAACAAGACCAAUUGGCUUUGGACUAUCCUUUGAGCAGGACAUCCACUUAGAGAGAUCAAUCGAUACUCUUCCAUACCGUCUCCAAAUUCUGUUCUAGAGUUACUGUUUGAGACCAAUCAGUUUUUGUUCAUUUUAAUUUCUUGCUAAAAACAUUGGUUUUUCUACAUAAACACAGCUUGCCAUAUAUCCGACCUACUUGUCAAGAAAUAACUCAAACAUACACAUCGUAAUUUAUGGAGAUACAUAAACAUUACCCCCUCCUUUCAAUACAACACAACAAAACUUAAAGUCCUAAUAUUUUAAUGUCAUCUUCGUCAUAUCCUAACAACGAGUUUCAUUAUUCGACAUUGGAUCCACAAACUCCUGUUGAAAUUGAAGAGUACUCUGACUUGUAUGAUGAUUACUUAAACUCUCCAGAAUCUCAGAGGGCGGCAACAAUGAAUUCGGGUGCUGCAGUUUAUGAACAAUCAGUCGCCCCUUCUUAUGAGAAUCUGGCAAAUAUUAUACCUUCCAGCUUGAACAAUAGAAACGAUGCUUUUGUUUCUGAUGACUCCUUAGAUUCUUCUUUCGGCACAAAUGAUGUAGCUUUCAGAACUCCUCAAUUUUCAAAUACAAGUCGAUUUGGAUCGCCACGUACUCCGAAAAUAAACACUUUAGGAGCACCAAGAAACAUUGAUACAUAUGUUCAGUAUUCUGACAGUUCAGAUAACAAUGGUUCUCUUCCUUCUUUGAUUCCAAUUCCAAUUUUAACUGACUCUGAUCAGCCGGGGAGUCAGCUGGGUACUCAGCACAGACAUGUUACCGACAUUGGUCAUGACGCAUAUAACCAAUCUACUAGCUCUGUGGACGAAAUAAGAGAUGGAAAUUUUGCCAGUCAAGGUGGAAUGAAAACAACUUAUUAUAACAACGGAUACUCCGGUGUCAAUGGUUUGAGCUCAAAUCAAACUCAACAUGCAGGUGAGGACGAUGAUUCGUUAGAGGACGAAGAAGAAGACGAAACAGAGGAAGAAGAAGACGAAGAUGAUUAUGAAGAAGAUGGGGAAGAAGAUCAAGAAGAAGAAGGAGAAGAAGCACUUGAUGAAAGCUACGGGGACUACGAUGAUGCUGAAGUUGAUAAAUUGCGAAUGCUGCAAAGGCAAAAGAACCAGGGGCUUUAUUCUUCUUACGACCCUGCGAAUGAGUCUCUGAAUUGGCAAAAUAAAAAUGACGCUACAAUCAUUACCAAAUCUUUAGGUGCACCACCUAAAGCUAUCAGAAAAGGUAUCAAAGACUUUCAAUUGGGGAAAGAAUUAGGAGAAGGUUCCUAUAGUACCGUCGUUCUGGCAACUGACAUUAAGACGAAAAAGAAGUACGCUAUAAAGAUUCUCAAUAAGAGACAUAUAAUCAAGGAGAAGAAAGUAAAAUAUGUCAACAUAGAAAAAAAUGCAUUGAAUAGAUUGGGAAAAAGAAACGGGAUAAUCGCUCUACACUUUACUUUCCAAGACUCCCAAAGCUUGUACUUUGUAUUAGAUUUCGCCGAAAAUGGUGAACUUUUAACAUUGAUAAAAAAGUUUGGUACGAUGAAUGAACAUUGUACCAAACAUUAUGCUGUCCAAUUGAUUGAUGGUAUAAGUUUUAUGCACAAAAACGGUGUGGUACACCGUGACUUGAAGCCGGAAAACAUUUUGUUGAACAAAGACAUGAAGCUUGAAAUUACAGAUUUCGGAACAGCGAAGUUGCUGGAUAAGGAUGAUUCAGGUAAUUAUCCGAGAGAUAUCAGAGCAAACUCCUUUGUGGGUACUGCUGAAUAUGUAUCUCCUGAGCUAUUGAAUGAUAAAUAUUGUGGAAAAGCUGCUGAUAUAUGGGCUCUGGGUUGUAUUAUAUAUCAGAUGAUUGCCGGUAAACCUCCUUUUAAGGCAACAAAUGAAUAUCUUACGUUCCAAAAAAUUCAAAAAUUGCAAUAUGCAUUUACAGCUGGUUUUCCUAUCGUAAUUAGGGAUUUGAUCAAAAGGGUAUUGGUCAUUAAACCAAGAGAAAGACUCACUAUACCAGACAUAAAGCAACAUCUGUGGUUCAAGGAUAUCAACUGGAGCGAUGAAAAGCAAAUAUGGGAUACAUUUCCGCCAGAGUUAGGGCCUUAUAAGAUUUCAGCUAAGGCUAUGAAACCAAGACCAGAGUUGGACUCGCAAUAUCCAAAUGGAUCAUCGACAUCUAUUCAAAACAUGAAAAAGUCUAAAAGUACGAAUUAUGUUAAUAUGCAGUCGAAUUCAAUCAUUCAAUCCAAGCCAGGAACUGUCACCAAACUGACACAGCGUUCCGUUUCAGCAGCAUCUGCUCCUGUUCUUGUGAGCAACGCUAAAACAACUCCACAACAGUCCCAGUCACCUAUGGUACGUACGAAAUCAAAGAGAAAGAAGUCAGCAAGCAGCGCAGCUGCAGUGGCUUUAUAUGGUAAUAGCCGAAAAGCUUCUUCAAGCACCAUUGCGUCAACUUCUACGACCGCAACUACAGGAUCACCGUUGCAACCAUCAUCGAUGGCGCAUCCUCAGGGCCAUAAUCUCAUUUUGCAACCUUCAAGUAGUGAGUUACAACAAAUUACCGCUGAUCGCAUUAUGAAAUCAAGACAGCAUCAAGUCAAAGAAAAGCCCUCCAGGUCCCAUCUAAAAAAGGUGAGUACACCACCAUUCGAUGUUAUACCUGGCACGAAUAUACCUAGACCCGUUUUAAACACGAAAGUCCCAUCUUCGAGAUCUAACACUGCUACACGUUCGAGAAAUAAUUCUUCUUUACAAACCGGUAAACAAAGUAAAGUGCCUCAGAUGUCGGUUUUAGAUAUGAAGUGGGUUCAGUUCCUCAAACAUCACGAGGAAAGAAUCAUGAAAGUUGGUGUUGUAGACGCAAUUCGGGAAAAAACUUCACUCUUUGAGAAGAAAUAUCGAGGCGUAAUGAUUGAAUCUCCCCUUGGCUACAAGAACAAGGAUAAUAUCAAUCAACCUUCAAUCUUUUCAAGCAAUGACACUGACUCAAUUAGGCUGUUGGAUUCAGCAACUCUUGCUUCUGAUUUAGGUGAAAAUGCAGAUGAAGAAGCGGAUGACACCGAUCCCGAAAACGAAUCUUCUGCAACUAAGUUCAGAAAGUUUUUUACUGUCAAACAGACUCCUGCCCCACAAGUUGAAAAUAAAUUCGCCACACGUACAAUGCUUGUCACAACUUUUGGGCGUGUGUUACUGUUCCAGGAGAAUUAUGGUGUGGAUAACAAGAUGAAGUAUGAGAUGACCACUGAAGUUGACCUAACCAACUCUCUAGUUCACUUCGUUGAAGUUGUUGUGGAACGUAAAAACAAGCCAAGCAAGGGGUUGUUUGCCAUAAUGUCAAACGGCUUGACUAUCUGUUUUGAGGUUGACAAGACAGAAAUAACACAAUGGACGCAGUGUCUCGCAAGUUCAAGGAUGAUAGAAAAAGAACGCCGCUUGAAAGAAUACCUCAAUUCCCCAGCGGGGGAUACUGCUUUGAUAUACGGAGAGGAAACUGCUUAUGCGGCGGCAAACUUGGCGUCCGUCAAGAAAACUAUUUCGGACACUACAACUGGCAGUGUAUCUGCGGGCAAAAACACAAGUUCACCAUCAUUCCCUAGUACUUUACGCACUCCAAAUGAAGACACUAGCAAUCACCACCAGUCACCUAAUGGCGCCAAGAAAGCUGCUCCCAAACCGAAAACUGUCCCCAGCAGAGAACCACCCAAGUCCAAGAAGACAAUUGGAAAAGGUCCAAUGAUCAGUGCUGCUAUCAACAAGGCUGUUUCGAUGGCAAGUGUGAAUGCUGCGGUUGGAGUACGUGAAAGUGACAGGAAUAGUGGGGAUAGAAAUGGUGGUGACAGCAAGAAAAUUACACAGGUGAACUCUAAGUUUCUGGCACGAAGUAGACUGAAGUAGUCUAGCUUGUAUUGUGUAGAUGUAUUUGCAUUUAUAAAAAAAUUCUCCCUUCACUGAGGGAAAAGUGAAGUAUAAAUGGAUUAUUACUUACUCGUCCGACCUGUUGGAUAUAUAUAUUCAUGAUACCUUAUCUAUAUUCGGUCAAGCC